AUGCCAUCUUCAGACUGGAAGAAAACUGGUGUUAAAAUAUUCUUUACUUCAACUGGUGGCUUCUCGUCGUUACCAGGAGGUAAGCCUUCCCAUGCUUUCAGCCUUACAUUUCUGUCUAGGAGACAAGAUACAGGAAAACAAAGGAUCAAAACUAACAUAAUAAAAUUUGUACAAACGUCUACUAACACAUGCACUGCUUCUGGUUGCAUUGCCGCAAUGCUCGACUAUUACCUCGAAUUGCUUGGACCCUUUUUGUACUCCGUAUAAAUUUUGCAUUCAUAAUACGCUUAUACGCCAAAUUACAACAAUAUCUCAUCUAUUCCAAAAAACCUGUAGCAUCUGAAAACAAUCAAAACCUAAUUCUACAAAAAGGUUUUGUUACUUCGACUUGUAUUCUCAUUUCCCUAAAAUGUCAACUUUUCAAACCAAUUAGAAACGAAGUGUAAAUAAAAUUCGAAGACGAAAUAUGGCCAGGUGUUCGCUGCAAAAAGACCGGGAAACUCGAUUCCAGGUUUCACCCAAGUAGCGUUCCAACUAAAUGCUAUUUUAAUUUGUAACCAUUAUGACAAAAGUUUCGUCGACAGCCAACAGUAAUAGACGAUAAAAAUAAGUUUUUCCUGUGGAAAUAUUUUUACAACUUUUUCAAAUUUUUUAAAACCUAUUAUAAGAAAGUUGCUAAGACGUUUCGACGUAUAUCUUACGCCAUUAUAAAGUGAAAUAACAACUAACAGUAGUUAGAGAAAUUAAAGAAAUUUAAGACUUAAAGAAAUUUAAAGUUAACUACUAAUUAGCAUAUAACUGUUCAAUAUAUAGAGAAUGUCUGAGAAAAGUAAACUGACAACAACAAACGGCAAUGGCUACAUAUUGAUAGCACGAAUGACAUGUUAAAAAUAGGAUCCAUACUACUAUUAGGCCUUACUUGCAAAUUGGAAUAACUACAACAGUAGUUAUGAAACCUUUAUAAAAGCCUUGCCACUAAUUAAAUACGACUUCUUCUCUGAUGUAUAACAUUUCAUAAACCAAACAAUCAAUUUUGAUUUUUACAAGAUACUAAAAUUGUCUAUCAGAUCCUUUGAACCACAAUAUAAUAUGGAUUACAUGUGCAUUCUUCAAAUGUUUACCAGUUGAUGUUCUCGCACUGUUAUGCUUUUCAGCGAAUUGGUAAAGACGUCGCGAAGUAUACCACACAUGGUCCGCAUCGCAAAGAGCACGUUUGGAGCGAUACACCACGCAUUGUUCACACAAAUAAAAGGCUUUUUCUCACAUUAAGGUUUUAAAAUCUUUCGACUGACCUUAUUGCUUGUAAAGACGGGUUCAAGCCAAUGUUGCAUCUUAGAACCCUGCUGUAGAAGCUGCUUCCAAUCUGUUUAACCGACUUCUGAUCUUUGUAAGGUAAGGGAACCCUGAUUAUCCGACUCUCCAAAUCGCGAUUGCAUGCGAUCAGUUCUCUUAUCUCCGCGCGGGUAUUCGUUUAGGGCAACAUUAAUAAUGGCAAUUGAACUGUGUGGAGUGAAAUUUGGUCCAAAAUCAAACAGGUGAGCACAAGUUAUAUUCAUUUUAUAGUUAAUAUCUACCGAUAUGUCAUAAUGUUCAUUUGAUAUCUACCGAUUUUGAUAUAUAUCCCCCCCCCCCCCGCCGAUACUCAAAAAAGCGAACAAGCUCAAAUUUGGAGUUGCAGUGAAUCUGAAGAUGUUUAUUUCUAAAAAAAAUGUGAAGAUCGUUCAUCAAUUUCACCAACAACUUUGGUUACAAGUUCAAUAUAAAAAGAUUAGAUCAUUCGUAAUCUGUGCUGUUUAUAGACCUCCUGUCAUGUUUCCUGUUUUGAGGAUUUUUUAAAGCAUUCUUCGACCUACGCCUUACCGCUCAAUAAGUCUGUUAUAAUUCUAUAGGUGAUUUAAAUUGCAAUCUUUUACAACAAAAUAUUGACGGUUUGUCAUUGCUGAAUUUUGCUUCUGAAUUGAACCUCAAGCAAUUGAUUGCUUCACCCACUAGGAUCACUGAAUCUAGUGAAUCAUUAAUAGACGUUGUAAUGUCCUCGACUCCGGAUCUUGUACAGGAAAGUGGAGUUAUUGAAACCUCCAUAAGUGACCAUUUUUCGGUUUACAUGGUACUGAACUUAAAAUUUCCUAAACACCCACGAAGUUACAUCACUGUGCGUAGUUUUAAAAACUAUAACCCUAUGUUAUUUACAGCAGACCUCGUUUCCAAACACGAGACACAACAGCGAGGUGAACUCAAAAUUAUCAAUAUUAAAUGACGCUCUAUUAUCCACCUUACAAACUCAUGCACCAGUUAAGACGAUCAGAGUUCGUAAUCGUCCAUGCCCCUAUAUCCCUCAAAAUAUAAAGGAUUUGAUGGCACACAGGGAUCAACUUCACAGGCAAUUCAAAUUUUCACGUGAUGUCGGAGAUUGGACAACGUAUAAAAACGCGAGACAAUCAGUCAAAAUAGCUCUAAAGAACGCAGAGAAAGAAUAUGUUCGCGGCGAAGUAUUAGCCCAUAAAAACAAUACAACAUCUUUAUGGAAAAUUAUCAAUCGUUGCAUUCCCAGCAAAGAAAGAAAAUGUUAUAGUAAAGAUUCGGAACAGAUUGCAAAUGAAUUCAACCAAUUUUUUAUCGCUGUUGGAGAAAAAACUGCAAACGCUGCAGCUCAAGUAGCCCUGGACAAUCUUAACGGACCAAUUUCAAGCUCCUUUCCUGCAAUAUCACCUGCACAGACCACGCAUGAAAUGUUUCAUUUAACGCUUCGUGUACGUAUAUUAAACGAAUUACCAUGUCUAUGCCUUCAAACAAAACACCAGGACCGGACAAAGUUAGUAUGA